AUGCAAUUACAAGUUUCUGUUCUCGUUCUUGCUGCCACGGCGCUUGCAUCUCCAGCUUCUCUCUCGCUACGCCAAAAUAAUUACAUAUAUAUUAAUGGCACCAGCGGCACAGUCCAGGUGACCACUGAUACAGAUGAUGCUCAGAACCUGGGCUGCCUUGACAGCAAAGCUCAAUUCACCGCUGACGCCAGUGCAUGUGCGACUUUCACUGCUACCAAUGGCCAAAUUUCAGUCAACGGACAAAGCAUUGGGUUGGAUGUGACUUCAGGGAUAAUGGAAAUGACUACCGCCGACCCAAUAUUGUUUUACAGUGAUGACAGAACAAGCCCAAUUCGAAUGUACUACUCAGACCUUGGAUUUACAUGGUAUGCAUCUGAAGUGCCUGCAGCAGGAUCAACAACAGAUCUUUUCCGAUAUAACCCAACGAGCAGAGAUAUUGUUGUCCAGCUAUUCCUUACAUAUUGA